AAAAAGAUUUGGAGGACAAAAAGUGAUACUUAAAAGGCUAGAACAUGUUGAAAAUGCAAAUCAACGUUGGUUUAAAGAGGCCGAAUCACAUUUGACUAUAAGCAGUAAAUCUCCAUAUAUUGUCCAGUGUUAUGGUUUAACACGAGAUCCAUCAAAUGGAGAUUACAUGCUUGUAAUGAAUAGAAUGGAUUUGAAUUUAAGAGAAUAUUUACAGCAAAAAAAUAAUCAACUUACAUGGAAAAAAAGAAUUCAUUUGGUUUAUAACAUAAUUACCGCACUCAGACAGAUUCAUAAAGAAGAUGCAAUUCAUAGAGAUUUACAUUCUGGUAAUAUAUUAUUGAAACAAGUCAAUCAAAGAUUAUUUAUUAGUGAUCUUGCAUUUUGCGGUCCUGCAGACAAAUCACCAAAUGAUGUAUACGGAAAUCUUCCCUAUAUAGCGCCUGAAGUUAUUUCUAAUAAAGGAUAUACUUUUAAAUCUGAUAUUUACAGUAUUGCAAUGCUAAUGUGGGAAAUUUCAUCUGGACAACCACCUUUUAAUAAUUGUAAACAUAAUUGUUGUCUUGCAAUUAGGAUUAUUAAUGGCGAGAGACCAAUAAUAAUUUCAAGAACUCCUUUAGAGUACGAAAAUUUAAUGAAACAAUGUUGGGAUGAUGAUCCAUUAAAAAGACCUGACAUUACAACACUUUGGGAAAAAAUAAAUGAAAUUUAUAAAAAAUAUCUGAAUAUGCCAAAUGAAUUAGAAGAGAAUAACAAUUUGGAAAUAAAUAAAACAAAUAGUUUAAAAGAAGCAAAAGAAAGAAGUAGCAUAUUAUUUACAAGUAGCAAAAUUCGUAAUUGUGAAAAUUGUCCUGAACCAAGAAAUGUAACAGAAGGUACUAUUGCAUAUUAA